AUGUCAGUAGAAAGUAGACCACCUUCAUCGCAUUCACCACCUUCAUCGCAUUCACCACCUUCACCUGUCCCUGAGUUACACAAGCAGAAUAGUGUUAAAUGUUACUACUCGUCCAAUCAACUAUCGGUGAAAACAAUUGGCGGUGAGCCAAAUGUCAGUGAGCCAAAUGUCAGUGAGCCGAAUGUCAGUGAGCCGAAUGUCAGUGAACCGAAUGUCAGUGAGCCAAAUGUCCGUGAGCCGAAUGUCCGUGAACCGAAUGUCAGUGAGCCAAAUGUCCGUGAGCCGAAUGUCCGUGAGCCGAAUGUCCGUGAGCCAAAUGUCCGUGAGCCGAAUGUCAGUGAGCCAAAUGUCCGUGAGCUAAAUGUCCGUGAGCCAAAUGUCCGUGAACCAAAUGUCAGUGAGCCAAAUGUCAGUGAGCCAAAUGUCAGCGAGCCAAAUGUCCGUAAGCCAAAUGUCCGUGAGCCAAAUGUCAGUGAGCCAAAAGUCAGUGAGCCAAAAGUCAGUGAGCCAAAAGUCAGUGAGCCAAAUGUCAGUGAGCCAAAUGUCAAUGAGCCAAAUAUUUGGCAGCUUGUUUAA